AUUAUCUUCCUCUUCCUCUUCUUCUUCCUCUUCCUCUUCCUCUUCGUCUUCCUCCUCCACUCUCAGCCCUCACUUUCCCCCUCUAAAACCCAGUUUUCUGAUAUUCCGACCAAUUCAAAUACUGUGGUGUUUAUGGAAUGACGGACUAUCGACUGCUGCCGACGAUGAAUCUUUGGACGGACGACAACGCGUCUGUCAUGGAAGCAUUCAUGACCUCCGAUCUCACUGGUCUUUGGCCGCCUUCUCAGUCUUCUGCGUCUACCUCCACCCCAGUUACUGACCCAGCCAAGGCACUGCAGCAAUCGCAGCCGCAGGUCUCGGUUUUCAACCAGGAGACCCUCCAGCAGCGCUUUCAGGCUCUGAUUGAGGGCGCUGGCGAAAACUGGACCUACGCGAUUUUCUGGCAGUCGUCUUAUGAUUACUCUGGGGCUUCUGUUCUGGGAUGGGGAGAUGGGUACUAUAAAGGGGAAGAGGAUAAGGGGAAAGGGAAAUUGAAGACGUCAUCCUCAGCUGCUGAGCAGCAUCACCGUAAGAAAGUGCUCCGAGAGCUCAAUUCGUUGAUUUCCGGCUCUUCACCGACCACCGACGAUGCCGUGGACGAGGAGGUUACCGACACCGAGUGGUUCUUUCUAGUUUCUAUGACGCAGUCUUUUGUCAAUGGAAACGGGUUGCCUGGUCAGGCGUUCCUCGAAUCCAGGCCCAUCUGGGUCGCCGGGAAGGAUCGGCUCGCGACAUCGAUGUGUGAGCGGGCGAGGCAAGGGCAAGUGUUCGGAUUGCAAACCAUGGCGUGCAUACCGUCGGCGAAUGGGGUUGUUGAAUUGGGGUCUACGGAGCUGAUCUUGCAGAGUUCUGAUCUGAUGAAUAAGGUUCGUGUUUUGUUUAAUUUCAAUAAUUGUAUGGAGGCCGGUUCGUGGUUGAUGAACACGAAUCCAGAUCAGGGUGAGAACGACCCUUCAUCCCUCUGGCUAAAUGAUCCCAUAAAUGGAGUCGAAAUCAAGGAGAAUAAUAUUGGAAUUGCUUCUGGUUCUGGGUUAAAUAGUAGUAAUAGUAAUGCCAACAAUCAGAACCAGCAUAUUUCAAAGACGAUUCAGUUUGAGAACCCAAGUUCUAGUUCUUUAUCUGAGAAUCCUAGUGCCAUUACUGUUCAGAAUCAUCAUCCCCAGCAACAAAGCCAUCAACAGGAGAGGCAGGGUUUUUGCCUAAAUUUCUCCGAGUAUGGGUUUGAUGGGAACAGUGUGAGGAAUGGAAAUUCUCAUUUCUUGAAGCCGGAGUCUGGGGAGAUACUGAAUUUCAGUGAGAGUAAGAGGAGUUCCUGUAGUGGGAAUGGGAAUUUGUUCUCUGGUAAUUCCCAGAUUCUGACUGAGGAGAAUAAGAAGAGGAGGUCACCCACUUCAAGAGGGAGCAAUGAAGAAGGGAUGCUGUCGUUUACUUCAGGUUCUGGUGUGGUUUUGCCUUCUUCUGGAGUGGUGAAAUCAAGUGUUGGAGCCGGUGAUUCAGACCAUUCUGACAUCGAAGCUUCUGUUGUUAAGGAGGCUGAUAGUAGCAGAGUUAUUGAACCUGAAAAGAGGCCACGAAAACGAGGAAGAAAACCUGCAAAUGGUAGAGAAGAGCCACUGAAUCAUGUUGAAGCUGAGCGUCAAAGAAGAGAGAAGCUUAACCAGAGGUUCUAUGCACUGCGUGCUGAGGUUCCUAAUGUGUCAAAGAUGGACAAAGCAUCUCUUCUUGGCGAUGCCAUUUCAUACAUAAGGGAGCUCAGAGGAAAACUUCAAAACACAGACGCAGAGAAGGAGGAGUUGCAGAGACAAUUGGACACCAUGAAGAAGGAAUUGGCUAACAAAAAUUCGGGAUCUGCAGCUGAUCAUGAUCUCAGGAUGUCAAGCCGUGAAAGCAAAUGUAUUGACAUUGAUAUUGAUGUGAAGAUAAUGCAAUGGGAUGCUAUGAUCCGAAUCCAGUGCAGUAAAUCCAACCACCCCGCAGCAAGGCUAAUGUCGGCAUUGAGGGAGUUAGACCUCGAGGUGCAUCACGCCAGUGUAUCAGUGGUGAAUGAUUUGAUGAUACAGCAAGCUACAGUGAAGAUGGUGAGUCGAACAUACACACAGGAGCAGCUCAGAUUGGCUCUGACAUCCAAAGUUGGUGACGCUCGAUAGAGGAGAAAAUAUAUCAGAGCAGAGCUUUAGGGUUUAGCCAACCAAGCAUCGGGAAGAGUUUGACAUUACUGGAAUGGAGUUUCAUGGAUGAUGAUUCUUAAUUCUCUGAGAAAUUUUAAGGUUCCCGGAGGGCACAAGCUCUGUAGCAUAUUCUUGUAUUUUGUUGUUAGUGUGUAGUGUAGUUCUAGUUUGAGGGUAUCUGAACUGAUGGAGCUGUCUGUUAAUGUUCUAUAUAAUCUCAAAGAUUAUGGACAUUGAUAUGCUCCGGUUAAGUGAAAAUAGCCAUUGAGUUGAAUUUUAGUUUAUCUUGGAUGUAUAUAAGCCUAUUGUUAUAAAUUCAAACCUGAUGAAGUUGCUGGGUUUUAUGAAUGUUUGUUUAACACGCCACUAUAAUCAGUUGAAAUAGAAUUGCCUAAAUUUG